ACGCUCAUCGUUACAAUAUCUGGGGAUUUAAAGAACCGCCAUUUGCUACAAACGGCCACCAUAUUGCACGACGGCAGUGAUUAAUGCGUCAAGGACCGGAAACCACACCUUCCUGAACAGAAUAUGUGUCCUGACAUGGCGAUAAGCAGAGUCCAUUUCCUUAAGUUCCUUGAACUUGCACUUGCCAUUAUCUGUUUGGCGCUGCAUUACCACAGUCAGACGGGAAGCAGCUCUUUCCACGAACUGAUGAUCAUCAGCGCUGCAUUUGGAGGCUACAUCGUCAUCUUAGUCGGCAUACUGACAGGCAUCUUUACCGGCCAGCCUAUCAACAAACGAAUAGAUAUCUUCUACAGCUUGGUUGGCUGUGCCCUAUUUAUUGCUGCUGGCUCCUUUGUGAUACAGUAUUUUGAUGGAUACUACGGUUCGAAAGAAACUCGAAACAUCGGUCUGUCCAAGGGGGCCAUGGCAAUCAUCACUGGAGUUGUAUUCCUCGUUGAUUCAGUUCUCAGCUUCCGUGGGGAAUAAAUUUUUUUCUAUUUUUUUUUCAGCUUAAUAAUCUCACUGCCUGAAGUACACCCAAGAAUCUGGAUUUCUGUGCAGAAUAUGAUAAUAUUUAUGUUUUGUACUCGGUGUUAAAAUUAUCACUUAAUGUUUAGGAGCUGCUUGAUGUUUCUUAAGAAAUAUAUUUUGGAUCUGAAAUAAAAUGAAUAGGAUACUAUAUUUUUUAUCUGAUAUUACCAGAACAUAGGUGCAUAUUUUGAUAAAUGUGAAGACAUACAUACUAAAAACAAAACUGAAGAAUGUGUAAAACUAACUUUAUUCUAUUCCUAUAUGUUAUAUAUUUAGAAAAUACAUAUUGAUAUUUUAAUAAGUAAACACAAAGUGUGACAAUAGUCUGUGUAUGAAUUAAUCCUUCUGAAUAUAUGGGUACAAUAGUGGAUGAGGAGACUUUCACACUAACGUACAACACUUGUUGAUAUCAGGUCUGAAUUGAAUACCAUUUAUUUUAUUACAUAAACAGAAAAUCGGUAACAAGCACCAGGGUAUUAUAAACAUUUACAUUUCUCAUUGAUUGAUUGAUUGAUUGAUUGAUUGAUUGAUUCAUUCAUUUGUUCAUUAAUUCUCUCUCUCAUUCAUUCAUUCAUUCAUUCAUUCCAUCUGUGGAUACAGACGGAGAACUUUUACUAUAAUGUUCACUUAUUAAGGUAUAGUAUGUUAUUGUAAAGUGUCAGCUAUGAAAAACAUUUAUUUUUGCUGCCUUUUUUUUUUGUGGAGAUUUAAGUUUAUAUAACUGCAUUUAUUGAUCUCAUAUUUAUAUUAUGUUGUCAACUUCUUUUUUCAUAGAUAAUUAUUCUUCAUUACGUACUUUCUCACAAAUUUAUCAGACUUCUUGAUAUUUACUGCACUGGGAAUGUUAUAAGAUGUGCCUUUCAAUUUAAAUUUAAUAUCAAAGUAGGAUGCAAUAAUAAAAAACAAAUUCUUAAUUUGUUACAGUUACCACCAGAAAGCACACACUAUCUCAAAUGUUAUUCAUUCAUAUUUAUACAAGUGAAUUCUUGUAACACUAUAGUGCAUUCAAAGAAUCUGACUCGUUGUCUUUUGCUGCAGAAAAUAUUGCAAUUUUAUGUUCUCAUAUUGUCUAUAAUCAUAUGUGGAUAUAUUUCAGUGUUUCUACAUUACAGUAAUAUGGUAAUAUCUACAUCUGUGAGGAGGAAACAAAGAACGUUAGCUUAAAAUGUUGCUUAAGUGUUUUAAUACUAAUAAUGUAUAUAUGUCUAACAAUUGUAUAGUACUGUGGACCAGUUUUUAUCCUAAAAUUAAAUGGUUUUAUAUGGACAUUUUGAGUCUUAUAAAAAGUCAAAGAAUUUAAUAACUGAAGCAUUUAUAUAAGCAUUUCUGUCAUUAAAAUAGCAAAUAUUUUAUAUUUUAUAUGUACACAUUCUGUACUUCCAGUGCUGAUAUCUUUAUAAUUCAAUAUUCAAUAGCAGCUACUUACUGUCGACAGAGGCACCAAGUGAUAUGUUUCUGCACUUGUAAAGUAACAGUGAAUUUAGUAAUAUAUAAUUAAGUUCUCUGAAGACGUUAAAAAGAAGGUAACUGAAUCCUGUUCUGAUAUGUGUGCAUAUUACAUCUCCAAGUGUACUGUUUCAUGUUACAGUGUUUGAAGCAUUGUCUUCUUUAUACAUAGAAGAGUGUCUUCAUAAUGACCACACUGAUAUAUGAUUGUUAAUAAUCAUGCAACAUCAUUAUAAUUAUGAGGGUGGUCUGCUCUUUGGUAAUCUGAUCAUGAUCAAGAGCUCAGAGGACCAUUGAAAUUGCUUUCUUUCAGCUAUAUAGCUACUUUAACCUGUAUUCUAUUUAAAAGAAAUGUGAAGAUGAAAA